UUGGUCUCAAAUUACGUUUGGCACUACACUACUAGUUGUUCACGGCCUAUUUCUCUGACUUUUGAGAGUUUUGACUCCUCCGUCCGGUACGGCGAGAGAAAGAGAGGUGAUCAAUCUCUGCAGUCAUCGAUGGUAUUCUUCAGGAGCGUCACCGCGCUUUCCAAGCUCCGUUCUCGUCUCGGGCAUCGGUCGAGUCUCAGGGAUUCCGUCAGAUGGAUUCAAACGCAGACCACCACAGAUCUCGACCUUCGUUCUCAGUUGGCGGAAUUGAUUCCAGAACAACAGGAACGUCUGAAAAAACUGAAGGCAGAUUAUGGAAAAGUUCAACUGGGCAAUAUCACGGUUGAUAUGGUGAUUGGUGGAAUGAGAGGAAUGACAGGGUUGCUGUGGGAAACCUCCUUACUUGAUCCAGAUGAGGGAAUUCGCUUCAGGGGUUUGUCAAUUCCAGAAUGCCAGAAAGUAUUACCGGCUGCAAAGCCAGGUGGAGAACCUUUGCCUGAGGGUCUUCUGUGGCUGCUUUUGACAGGAAAGGUACCUAGCAAAGAGCAAGUAGAUGCAUUAUCCAAGGAAUUGAGGACUCGUGCUGUAGUUCCAGCUCAUGUGUAUAAGGCCAUUGAUGCUCUGCCUAUUACAGCACAUCCAAUGACCCAGUUCACCACUGGUGUCAUGGCCCUCCAGGUAGACAGUGAAUUCCAGAAGGCAUAUGAAAAGGGGAUACAUAAAUCAAAGUACUGGGAGCCAACUUUUGAGGAUUCACUUAGCUUGAUUGCACAAGUGCCAGUAGUAGCUGCCUAUAUUUAUCGAAGAAUUUUCAAGGAUGGAAAAGUAAGACCCGUUAAUGAUUCUCUGGAUUAUGGUGCAAAUUUUUCACACAUGCUGGGUUUUGACGAUCCCAUAGUGCAUGAGCUCAUGAGGCUUUAUGUCACCAUCCAUAGUGAUCAUGAAGGUGGGAAUGUCAGUGCUCACACCGGCCACUUAGUUGCUAGUGCACUUUCAGAUCCGUAUCUUUCAUAUGCAGCUGCUUUAAACGGCUUGGCUGGCCCACUCCAUGGUUUGGCUAAUCAGGAAGUAUUGCUUUGGAUAAAGUCUGUGGUAGAUGAAGUUGGAGAGAAUGUAACUACAAAGCAGUUGAAAGAUUAUGUCUGGAAAACAUUAAAAAGUGGGAAGGUUGUUCCUGGUUUUGGACACGGAGUCUUGCGUAAAACAGACCCACGAUACACAUGUCAAAGGGAGUUUGCAUUGAAGCACAUGCCUGAUGAUCCGCUGUUUCAGCUGGUCUCGAAGCUUUAUGAAGUUGUGCCUCCCAUACUUACUGAACUAGGCAAGGUUAAAAACCCAUGGCCCAAUGUAGAUGCACACAGUGGAGUUCUGUUGAACCAUUUUGGUUUGACUGAGGCAAGAUAUUUUACUGUUCUUUUCGGUGUAUCGAGGAGUAUAGGGAUUGGUUCCCAGUUGAUAUGGGACCGAGCUCUUGGUUUGCCUCUUGAAAGGCCAAAAAGUGUUACGAUGGAAUCGCUUGAGAAUUUCUGCAAGAAAGCAGCUUCGUCUUGAGAAAUUGAGUGUUGUAUCACUUUGUUUGAGUAAUAAUUGCUCCCGAAUGAUGGCUUUGUGAAGGAUGCAGCGGUGGUGUAAAAAUUUCAGUUUCUGUUGGUUUUAGUUGAGAAAUUGUCACAGGAAAACCUCAACACUCACACAUCACUUGAGCAUAUUCAAGUACUUUGAAGAAAUUUUGAAGUGACAUAGGCGCUGGGGCUUUUGCUGCUCAGUUAAUAAACGGAUUGGAGCUAUUUAGAUUAAAACGUGUACUUUAAAGAUUUCCAUAAGUAGAAUGUUUUUUACGCGUAUUCUACUAUGAGGGCGGCACAUUUAUUAUUGGGAACUUUAAUUAAAAGUGUUCGGACUUUAUUUUAACAAAAAAAUCGUCUUAUAAUUUUAGUUAAUGAAAAUGACUUAAAUUUUACCAAAAAGAACAAAAGUUUGAUAUACCAAAAGUCUAAAAUAUAAAAUAGAAAAAGUGAAAAAAAAAAUUGCCUUGCGGGAACCCGCGAGUCCAUCACACGUAAUAUUUUUGAAAUUGAAUGAUAUUAUACUAUUUUUCAAACUUAAUGGUACUACAUUAUUUUUUAAACUAAAUGGUACUACACUAUUUGUGACUGAGGCAAGGUAUCAUAUUUCAUGUUAUUAUUCCUUACGUUGUACCUGGUGAUGGUCCAUAAUAUUCCAAAGCGGUACAUGUUUUGAGAUGAUAAUGUACUUGAAAUUCAACCGUGGCAGAUAUUUUACUGUUCUUUUCGGUGCAUCGAGGAGUAUAGGGAUUGGUUCCCAGUUGAUAUGGGACCGAGCUCUUGGUUUGCCUCUUGAAAGGCCAAAAAGUGUUACGAUGGAAUCGCUUGAGAAUUUCUGCAAGAAAGCAGCUUCGUCUUGAGAAAUUGAGUGUUGUAUCACUUUGUUUGAGUAAUAAUUGCUCCCGAAUGAUGGCUUUGUGAAGGAUGCAGCGGUGGUGUAAAAAUUUCAGUUUCUGUUGGUUUUAGUUGAGAAAUUGUCACAGGAAAACCUCAACACUCACAUCACUUGAGCAUAUUCAAGUACUUUGAAGAAAUUUUGAAGUGACAUAGGCGCUGGGGCUUUUGCUGCUCAGUUAAUAAACGGAUUGGAGCUAUUUAGAUUAAAACGUGUACUUUAAAGAUUUCCAUAAGUAGAAUGUUUUUUACGCGUA